GUGAGAUUAGAAAUGAGAGAGAGAUAAAAGGAAGAAAUCGGAAGGUCUCGUUCUUUCCACAAAACCCCAAACAUAAAAUCUCACGGAGUCACGGGAGCUUCGAUCAUCCGAUCUUCUCGUCACCAUUAAAAAGGUUUGGGAUAUCAAAGAAGAGAUUCGAAUUCGAAUUUCUUGGAUCUUCAUCCAUUGAUGAUCUAGGAAGUUAUUUUUUAGUUCCUUGCUCACGAUUCCGACCGACCUUAGCUCUCUGAUUCAUCUGAGCAGUGUGUUUACUGAAGGGGCUGAAGUAGGGUUUGCUCACGGAUAACUGGAGGAUAGAUGUAUUAAGAGUUAUGAGAUUAUCUGUUGUACAUAGUGUUAACGGUCGGGUUAUCUGCAAUCGUGGAAUUCGAGAAAUUCUGUUUUAUUUGAGAGGGUAAGAUGCCAUCUGCUUAUUUUUCGAAGCUGAACCUUGAGCUGCGGUCUGGUAUCCGGAGACUGAUUGUAGGGCAACAAGUAGAGCUCCAAAGCUCCGUGGAAGUUCUUCUUGGGCAAGGAAAAUUGUUGUUUACGAAUUCUGGGUUAUCUCUUGUCAGACCAAUUUCAACCAUUGGUGAGGCGCUUUUAUACGUGAGACCUGAUGUGAUUUCUGCUGUGCGGUCAGAUCCUAAAAUAGUUAACCGACGGAGGAAUUUGUCAGUUGUUGGAGCAGUCUCACGGACAUUUUCUAUUCCUUCGGUGUCUGGACCAUCUUGUCAAGUUUGUGAGUACCAUAUCGAUCGCAUCUUAUCCGACUCUACCCCAGUUUUGCUAGGCAGCCCAGUUCGGCGGACACUCAUGGCUGCCUGUAGUUCUGGAUCUUUAUUGGGUCAGCAUUUUCUGGAUAACAUAGCAUCAAGGAAUGACCCCUUUUCAAACUCCAUUAAAGGAUCUGGUGUUUCUUACUGUAAUAAAAGUCUUGACAGUUGCAGAAAAGCUACCAUGAGCUUGAGAAACCAAGAACCAUCCAACAAUUAUAUGACAUAUGGCUAUUUCAUUUUUGAUGUGGCAAGGAGGAGUUGCAGCUCCAAUCCAUUAAUAGGUCCAUGGACAAAAAAAUUUUAUAGUUCAUCUUCCGCAUGUUACUCUACUGGGGCUGCUUCUGAAGUAUCAUUUGAUGGCUCAGCUCGUGAAGAACAGAUUCCAAGUUCCGUGGCUUCAUCUGAUCAGGUCUGCAUGCCAUUAAUCUGGGGGACAGUGGCUUUAUAGUAGUUAGAGAUGGAUGCACCGUUUUCCGUUCUCCUGUACAGCAGCAUGGGUUCAACUUCACAUUUCAACUGGAGAGCGGAAAUGGGGGUGAUCUACCUAGCUCUGGUCAGGUCUUUACAAUCCCUGUGGCUCCGGGAGAUGUGGUGAUUGCAGGCACUGAUGGCCUGUUCGACAACUUGUACAACAAUGAAGUGACCGCGGUGGUGGUCCAUGCCAUGAGGGCUGGGUUGGAGCCUCAUGUGACGGCUCAGAAAAUUGCAGCCUUGGCACGCCAACGAGCGCAGGAUAGGGACAGGCAGACACCAUUCUCUACAGCAGCCCAAGAUGCUGGAUUUCGCUAUUACGGUGGUAAGCUUGAUGACAUUACUGUUGUUGUGUCCUACAUCACCAGCUCCACCUCUCCCUCUCCCUCUAGCAAUACAUGAGGUGAGAUCUUUCUUCCCCUCCUCCACUCACCCGCACCUCUCUUCUUUACUUCAUAUGUACCUUUGCUUCUUGUAUAUUUGCACUGUUCUGACUGGAAGUUUGGGGAUGCUAGGCAAGGAAAGGGUUUUUUUUUUUUUCCCCUCUCUUUAGACCCUAUGUAAUUUGUCUACACGUGGAAAAACAAGUCUUUUAAGUGUGGACAGACAUGGGAACCGAGUCUUUUAUGUGUUGGGGUACUAUACACCAUAGUUCAGAAUUGUCACCUCUUAUAAAAAUGAAGACAGUGAAGCACUUGAGCCUA